AUGAAAUACUCUGCAAUCGCAAUCUUGGUCGUGUCGCGUAGCACAGUCCUUGCAUCCAAUACGUAUCCCGUGACGGACACGGAGCAACUAUUCUGCUACGAUAGCGACUCAACAGCAAGUGGAACUGGUGGAACAACUGGUGAUGAUACUCCUGACGAUACUCCUAAUGAAGUUAGUCCAGGCACUGUAGAUCCCGGUCCAGAAACGGGGGAUCAAGGAACAGGAGGACAAGAUGGUAGUCAAUUUCUACCAGCACCAGGAGGUCUCCGUCCCCGUCCAAAUCGUCCAAGUCGACCUCGUGAUGGUGGUGGUAGACGACACCUGGACGAAAUCACAUGUGCUGGUACUGGCCAAGAUGCCGAGUACACAACACUAUCGCAAAGCUUUCAAAACAAUGGCGAUGGUACCAUUUCUGAUCUCAAUACCGGCCUCAUGUGGACCGAAGACGUCUAUGGAGAUGGCUUGACGUAUGAACAAGUGGAGAAUGAAGUUACGAUCUUUAGCUUGGGAGGAUACUCGGAUUGGAGAGUUCCUACCAUCAAGGAACUCUAUACUCUCAGUGAGUUCAAUGGACAAACGGGAACUAGCCAAGAUACCAACAUUCCCUACAUUGAUACGGACUAUUUCAACGUCAAGUACGGAACGACACGAUACAUUGAUGGACAGCUUUGGUCGUCCAAUCAAUACACGGGUGUCAUCUUUGACAAUCCCAACUCUGAAUGCAACUUUGGCUUCAACUCGAUUGAUGGGCGCAUCAAGUGUUAUGGUCGGACUUCCACCAAAUUGUAUGUCCGCUACGUCCGUGGCAAUACUAAUGUUGGUACCAAUCUCUUUUCCGUGAGUGGACUCAGCAGAGAUAUCAUUGUGGAUGCCGCUACUGGAUUGGAAUGGACUCGAGGAGACAGUGGCAGUGGACUUGACUGGGAAGAAUCAUUGAGCUACUGCAAUGAUUUGGAGCUGGGUGGAUAUAACGACUGGAAACUUCCCGAUGCCCAUCAAUUGCAAUCCAUUGUGGACUACAAUCGUAGUCCGGAUGCUACUGGAACACCAGCGAUUGAUCCAUUGUUUGAAUCGACUCAAAUCACCAAUGAGGCUGGAGCCGUGGACUUUGGGUGGUACUGGACUAGUACAACACAUUUGGAUGGAAAACCAUUGGGAUCCAAUGCGAUCUACAUUGCAUUUGGUCGAGCCACUGGUUAUUUUGAAGCACCGAAUGGAACAGUGAUUGGAUCAGUCGAUGUUCACGGAGCUGGAGCACAGAGGUCGGAUCCGAAGGUAGGACCCGUACCAGAUCCCAACUACUUUGGACCACAAGGAGACUAUCGUCGUGUGUACAACUUUGCUCGAUGUGUACGCGGUUCUUCGAGCGCAUCACCAGAUGUGUAG